CAUAAGUAAUCAUUGUCCUUUCCGAAUACAAAGCCCAAAUAGCUCUUAAACCUCAGACACACAAUCUCUCUCUCUCUCUCUCUCCCCACACAGACACAGUAGCAUAGCAAAGCAAUACCUUCGGAAUCUCGCCGGAGAAUACAUCCGGUUCGUCUCGGGAGCUCGCCGGAGCUACGAUCUCUGCUGAGUGAUGUAUGUGAGAGUUUUCCAGGAGAAUGCUUAUGGAAGCUAAGCUGACCCAGAGAUAUAUAUAAUGAUGGCUUGUGAAGUGAAGGCUAGGUCGUAUAUUGGGUUCUGAGUUCGAGUUCUGCUCAGACAUUGGAGGCUCACUGAGGGUUUUUUUUUUCCCCCUUAUUUGGCCACCGGUUGUAUAACUAUAAGCUCAGGCCAAAACUACUUUGUCCGUCUUUCCAUUGAUGGAGAUGCACCCCCCGAGGCCUGAAUCACAUGUAGCUCAGAGCAGCCGGCGAGACAAGUUGAGGGUGGCAGCAGGCCACCAUCUAGAUGAGUUUCCCGGUCAUCUGGGGCAAAGGAUGGUUUACUCUGGGCUCAUGCUUCCUUCCAAUGCAGUCGACUCUCCUUCUCAUUCAAAUGCGGCUCAAUUGAUUCAUAGGGACGGGACGUUGCAUCAACUAACCGCGGGCGUUUCCCCAUCGAAUCAGCUGGUAGUUUCUGAAGACGCCUCCUUUAGACUCUAUGGAGGAGAUCCACAUCAUAUUGAUGGUCUAAGGAGACCGUCUCUGCAUUACUCUAUUGAUUGGGCGGCCUAUCAUUCGAGUGGAUCAACUAAUGAGGACAAUCAAAACCCAAUGUAUGUCAGAGAAGUCUUGUCAGCUGAUCUGAAGGCUAGCAACACCCUAUCUGCACCGGUGCAUUAUUUAGCUAAGAAUGAUACGUUGAAUAGGUACCGAGAUCCAUCCAUUGAAAUAUCUAGUCAAGAUAGUCAACACGGGAAUGUCGAUGGUUUUCCCUCGAAAUGUUACCAAGAGACGCUACUAGAAGUUGUCUCCUCAGCUGCUGUUGCUUCCGGAUUAAAUGCCGGCAAUGAACUUGCCCUUCUUCCUACUUAUGGAAGAGAAUUAAAUGCCUUAAAUUGCAGCAAUGUAGUUGCAUGGAACAAUAAUCCGGCUGAGAUUAGCUGCCAUCGAGGGAUCAGCAGUGAUACUAAUGCACAAGGCCUAUCUCUAACACUCUCGUCCAAUCCGUCUUCAUCGAUGCUCAUGAUUCGCAAUGAUCAGGAUCCAGAAGCAUUCAGUUCAGGUUACUCCAAUGCGGUCACAAGGCCUUCCGUAAUUGGUAAAAAAUCGGGGAAAGCUCUCCACGAAAUAACGGGGGUUUCCACAUGCAGUGUUCAGUGGAGUACCGGACCACUGGGGCCUUUCACUGGGUACGCUACCAUUUUAAAGUGUUCGAAAUUCCUAAAGCCCGCUCAAGAUCUUUUGGAAGAGUUAUGCAGAGUUACCUGGCCAAAACCCGUAGAAAUGCGUAUCAUGUUGGAGAGGAUCUCUGAAGAGAGUUGUAUGAGCAGUAGUAGCGGAGGAGGGAGUAGCUCGUCUACUAACUUCCCCCCUGAGGAUCAACAAAAAAGAGCAACACUCUUGUUCAUGCAAGAUGAGGUUUGUAGGAGGUAUAAGCAAUACCAUCAACAAAUGCAAAUGGUAGUCUCGUCCUUCGAAACAGUGGCAGGUCUUAGUGCUGCUACACCUUAUAUUUCCCUGGCACUGAAGACUGUCGCGAGGAACUUUCGGUGCCUUAAGAGCGCUAUAUUCGAUCAGCUCAGGACUUUGAAGAAAUCUUCGGGGGAUGACUACUUGUCUCCUAACACCAGUGCUAAGGGGGAUUUGAACUCAUCAAAGAUGACGAAUUCGAGUCAGAACUUCACUAGGAGCAGGUAUUUUGGGGCUAAUAUGAGCUUCCUCGAUGCACCUCAUCAUGUCUGGCGGCCCCAGCGAGGCCUCCCAGAACGUGCGGUGGCCAUCCUUAGGGCAUGGUUGUUCGAGCAUUUUCUUCACCCGUACCCGACUGACACGGACAAGCAUAUGUUAGCCACUCAGACUGGACUAUCCCGAAACCAGGUGUCGAACUGGUUUAUAAAUGCUAGGGUUCGUCUUUGGAAACCCAUGGUUGAAGAAAUACACGCACUUGAGACCAAGCGCUUGGGUGAAGCGAACCCAAAUUCUGCCCCAAACAGGGAGGCCUCUUGUGUUGAGGUCUCCAGCCAAAGAGAGGCUAUGGACCAUCAACCUUCCAGUUCUGGCAGAGUCGAUCAUCAUAUGGCUUCAGCAGCAGUCGAAGAGCGAAUCCAGUGCUCUGGGGAUGGCCUCAAUGCAGAGCAGUGGAAUCAGGAGUUUCGUUCCCGACUAGAGGGUCAACUACCUGUAAGCUCAGAGGGACCGUUGAUCGGUUUCAUGAGGUACCCACAGGGCGGGAUGGAGUUUGGUGGGAUUGGGGCUGUGUCGCUGUCAUUGGGGCUAAGGCACAAUGCUCAGCGACAGGAUGAUGAGCUUAGGCAGCAGUUUGGAGGUGCAAUGAUGCGCGACUUCGUGGAUUGAAUCCGAGAACUACCCGCUCACUGAAUCCUUUUGAUACAAUUAACUUCUACGUCAUGAAAGAGGAAGAGAGCAACUUUGGGGGUAGGUUUAUUUUUAGUUUCCCUGGGAAGUUGUGUAAUAUCUGUAAUAGGAGGCAUUAUUUUAGUGCGGAUUCAUUGCCAAAGGCCGCUAACUGGUUCGUGCUUCUUAAGGCUGCAUGUAGUACUUUGAGAAUGCAGCCAAUGCACAACAUUAAUCCGCCAAGUAGGGUGUCUUGUAGUUGAUCUUGCAUUGAUUGCGAAUCAAAAACUGACCCGUCUUAGUUUGUUUACUAAUAAUU